CAAAGCUGGACCUCUAGUUACAGAGAUACAAUUUUAACCCGAAGAAACGCUUCUGUUCCUCAGAUUCUUUGUCAUCCUUUGGAAUCUUUGCUUCUGUCCAGUCCUGCAGGAGGUUCUCCAAGUUUAAGUCCGCCUCUACUUAAGAUAACCCUCCUCCCUUGGUGAAGACUUGGAAGUCAUGUCUACAGGACCCUUUCCACCUGCAAGAGAAGAGGAACGUUCUGUUUCAGCACCCAGUUUUAGGUCCAGUCAAAGGAAGAUGUUACACCUAAUUUUGGAGAGAAAUGCUUCUUUUACCGCCCGUUCAGAUUUCCCCGGAUCUCCAGGAGACAAACUCCUUGAUUUGCCAAACCUAAGCAUUUUGUCUGGAGGAACUCCAAAACGUUGCCUUGAUCUUUCGAAUCUUAGCAAUGGAGAGCUGUCUGCUUCUCAGCUUCCUGCUUCUGCUGACUUUGAUGAAACCGGUUCCUUGGAUUCUUCAGGACCUCAGGAUGCACAGUUAACCGCGAAGAAUCAUCACCAGGACCUUAUGAAAGGCAUCCCAGUGCAGCUUCUGUGUAGUACUCCAAAUGCUUUGGACCAUGGCCACAGAAAAAAAGAUGCAAUGCGUGACCUAUCUGCAAAUAAAGAAAAUAUAAACACCAAUCUGAAGACACUGGAGUGGGAGGCACCUAGGACCCCGAGGUUUCGAAACCUGCCUGGAGAGCCCCUGGCUUCUCCCCUUCCUGUGCUGGAAAAUAGAAUCAUGGUGGAAAAUGAAAUGAGGUGUCUGGGCAGUCCCAUUACUACAGUUCCAAAACUGAGUCAAAAUCUAAAGCUAGAAGACCAAGAAGGGAUUUCAGAGGAGCCAAUGGAGUUUUCCCUGGAAGACCAAGGCACCAAGAGCUUAAGUCUAAAGAAGAUGGCCCCUCUCUGUGGCAUCAAUGCCAUUCAGAUGGAGGAGGAAGAGUCUGAACAAGGGUAUCUGAUUGGUGAUUUCUCCAAGGUGUGUGUGCUGCCGACGGUGUCAGGAAAACACCAAGAUCUGAAGUACGUCACCCCGGACACAGUGGCUGAUUUACUGUCUGGAAAGUUCCAGGAUCUGGUUGAGAAGUUUUAUAUCAUCGAUUGCCGCUAUCCGUAUGAGUACCUGGGAGGACACAUCCUGGGAGCCUUAAACCUGUACAGUCAGAAGGAACUGCAUGAGUUCUUCCUGAAGAAGCCUGUUGUCCCUCUGGAUGGCCAGAAAAGAAUCAUCAUUGUGUUCCUCUGUGAAUUCUCCUCAGAGCGAGGCCCCCGAAUGUGCCGUUCUCUGAGAGAAAAAGACAGAGCUUUGAACCAGUACCCGGCAUUAUACUACCCAGAGCUGUAUAUCCUCAAAGGGGGCUACAGAGACUUCUUUCCAGAAUAUAUGGAGCUGUGUGAACCACAGAGCUACUGUCCUAUGCACCACCAGGACCACCAGGCUGAGCUGCUCAGAUGGAGAAGCCAGAGCAAAGCGCAGGAAGAGGAGCGGCAGCUUUGGGAGCAGAUUGCCAUCCUGGUGAAGGAUGUGAGGCCAUGAUAGUGGGUAUGACAGUGGCCAUGAAGUCGCCAGAAGACAAUGGAGAUGCCAAACAGAAAGAGUCAUCUAUGCCGCUAACCCUAUGAUUGUUAAGCUGCAAACAUUGGGGAUAGUCAGGCACGGUGCAACACCUUUAGUCCCAGCACUCAGGAGGUAGAGGCAGGAGGAUCUCUGUGAGUUUGAGGCCAACCAGGGCUACACAUGACCCUAUCUCAAAAACAAAUAAAAAGCAAACAAAGCAAAACCCAUCAGACAAAAGCCUCCAGGUGUCUACAAGCCAACAGGCUGUCAUUCUGACGGACUGCUAGGCCUGAGAACCCGCUCGGUGUCAGUGAGCUGCUGCCCGGGGGCUGAAUGGUGAACUGAGGUGUUCACCCUGCUUCAGGGAGUUCAUAGAGCUCUGCUCAGUUUCCCAUGUCUUAGCAGAAGCCAGACAGCUGGUUCUCUGACCAGGCCUGGCUGUCUGACAUCCUGCCUCUUCUCUUUCUUUGUAUUUUCUCCCAUUGCUCCCCAUCCUCUUUACUGAAUGGGAAGGUAAACAUAGAUGUGUGAUUGUGAACCCAGGCUCUUCCUAGAAGAUCUACAUAAAGCAGCGAGGAAUCAUGAGUGAAGCCCCUUUAAGGGAUUGUCAUGCUUGGUGAGGGGUUUGCCCAGCAGCUGCAAGUACCCUGAGUUUGGGCUCUAGCACUGUAAACAAUUUAAAGAUGCAGUCUUGGGCUGGGGAGAUGGCUCCAAGGUACACAUUUGCUGCGUACGCAUGAGGACUGAGUUCCAAACCCAAGAAGCCCUGUAAAACUGAGCACUGUAACUGCAUCUGGAGUCCUGCUGCCCUUCCAUGAGACGGAGGUGGGAACAGAGGCCCGGGACCCUCUCGGGCCAACUGAACCGGCAUACGUGAGUGGACAACAGAAAGGAGACCCUGACUUAAAUAAGGUGGAAGAUGGAGACCAACACCAGAGGAUGCCCUGACUCACACGCACACAGCUUUGAGACCUAAAGGUAUAACCUGAUAAUGCCAAAUUCUUCUCUUUAGUGCUUAAGUUUUAGAGCAUGGGCCCUCAGCAUCAUGAAUUUGAACUAAAAAAAUCAUGGUGUUUGCUUCAGCAGCACAUAUACUAAAAAUGGAACAAAAGCUCAAGGAGAAUGCACAGAUCAGUGAGCCAUUCAAUAUAUACCUGUAUACCACACAUGUAUG